CACAAAUGGCGUUCGACUGUCUCCAAUCCGUACCGAAUAAGCCAGACCCAGCCGUGGCCAUGAUCAAGAGUCUGAAAGCAUUCGUUCAGUGGCAAAGCACACUAGCUUAUCUCAAAGAUCCGCCGCCAUCGUACAUGCUACCAGCAACAGAUAUCAUGGGUGGACUAAAUAACAUCUCGUCAACUGCAGCGGCAGGAGGAUUCAGGAGUGAAUAUGAUUUCCAGCUCAGUGUGGUGAAAAUGAUCGUUUCUGCUCACGACGGCCAUUUCGCGUAUCGUCCCGAUGUGUUCAAGGCUUUUGCUUUCAGGAACAACUUGGCUUCGGACAUUGUCUCUGUGUCGAAAGAUGGAAAGGCUGUUCCGAAACUGUACCACUUGGCUGCCCUAAAUGGGACCAAUGGAACUGCCGACACAGCACCUGCUAUCACGAAGAUCAACGGGGUAGACGCCGCGAAGUUUAUAACCGACUUGAAUCUCCAGUUCAGCACUUUCCAAGACCCUGAUUCGCAGUGGAACUCGCAAUUUCGAACCUACGCUCGGCCGGGCGCAGUCCUGAAUGUAGCUUCUUCAAUCGCUUUCCAGGGAGCCAGUGUGACUCUCACAUACGACAAUGGACAGGAAAGGACAGAACAGAGUUUCGCGCAGAUCAGGCCUGGGGCAAACUUUGCUGGUAUCAAUAACGGAGAGGAUUAUUAUAAUCGGUUCUGUAAUCCGAAUAAUCAGGUUGCUUCUAACAUUACGACUCCGGCACCAAUCGUCCCGCCAAGGACGAAUACGACACUUCCAAAGCAGCCGCCUACGAUCCAAGGCUAUCCUCUUCCAAUUGUUCGAGACAGCGGUGCUAAUACUACCGCUGGAUACUUUCUCAGUGGAACAGGAUACGAGAAUGUUGCUGUUCUAGCCGUUUCGUCUUUUGCGCCAGUGGGAAGCGUAGGAGGCACUGAAUACCUCACCAAUUUUCAGAGCACUGUUGCAUCGUUCCUUGCUCAGUCAAAAGCCGCUGGGAAAACGAGGCUCGUGAUUGACCUGCAGGCUAAUGGUGGCGGUUUUGUGAUUGCUGGAUAUGAGCUCUUUGCUCAGCUGUAUCCAACUGUCCAAAGGUUCCAAGCAGACAAUCUUCGCCUCGCCGAUAGUCUCGUCAAUGUUGCCCGAAUUGUGGGGUCCAUCCCUAACAACUUUACUGCGAAAACAGCAGCUCAGCGAGCCGCACUCUCUGCUCUCUCGCAGAGUUCCAUCGUUAGCAACCUACUUCCUGGCGGUGUCUUUACUCCAGCAGGUGCUGCUUUCAACUCUGUGGAACAAAUAAUUGCACCCGUGUCUCUGAAAGGAGAUCUCUUUACUGCUUACCAACAAGCGCCUCUCAACCAGACCGAUCCCGACUUCAACCUCACUGGCGUUGGCACUCGAUCCAACCCCCCAGCCUCAGUAUUCGCUCCUGAAAAUGUAGUGUUAUUGACAGAUGGGACAUGCGGAUCGACCUGCACGCUCUUUUCAUACCUGAUGAUUCUGCAAAUGAACGUCAAAGCUACAGUGAUCGGAGGUCGUCCCCAGACAGGAAUGAUGCAGUCCAUCGCCGGUGUCGAAGGCGCGCAGGUCUUUCCUCUCGACGAAAUAGCCCUAACCGCAGCUGCUGUAAUCGAACUUGCGCCCGCUGAAGAUAAAGCUGAUUUGCUAGCUGGCGAAACUGGUCUCCUCGCAGAUGCCUACGCACUUCAAAGGCUCACGACAGCGACGAGUCCGGGCGCCGUGAAUGGGAAGAAUGCGUUCUCAGCGACCGAUUCUCAGACGCCUUUACAGUUCCUCAUGCAACCUGCAAACUGUAGGAUAUUCUAUACUGCGCAGAUGUUGAGUAGUCCAGAGAUGGUCUGGAAGAGGACAGUCGAUGCGACGUGGACGGAUCCGCAGCAGUUCUGUGUCGAGGGUAGCAUUGUGACCAUGAAUAAUACAAAUAUGGCAAGUGUCGAUCCAGUGUUCAAGAAGGCUGUCGACAGUAGUCAUGGUGCAUUGGGAACUCCAAGUGCUGGCGUUGGUGGAACUGCAAGGAUGAACUUUGCCUUGCUUGGUGUUCUGACUGGGUUGACUAUUGGGUCUGUAGGCUUCUUGUAGUGUGUUUUGAUAGAUUUAGAACUCGAUUUAGCGA